AUGCCAGCCCUCCUGGGAAACAGCCUCAUCAUCAGCGCCAUAGCCUGCGACCACCACCUGCACACUCCCAUGUUCUUCUUCCUGCUCAACCUGGCCCUCACUGACCUGGGCUCCAUCUGCACCACUGUCCCCAAAGCCAUGCACAAUUCCCUCUGGAACACCAGCAGCAUCUCCUACUCAGGAUGUGCUGCUCAGCUCUUUUUCUUUAUGUUCUUCACCUCAGCAGAGUAUUUCCUCCUGACCAUCAUGUGCUACGACCGCUACGUGUCCAUCUGCAAACCCCUGCACUACGGGAUCCUCCUAGGCAGCAGAGCUUGUGCCCACAUGGCAGCAGCUGCCUGGGCCUGUGCUUUUCUCUUUGCUGUGCUGCACACGGCCAAUACAUUUUCAUUGCCCCUGUGCCAUGGCAAUGCCGUGGGCCAGUUCUUCUGUGAAAUCCCACACAUCCUCAAGCUCUCCUGCUCACACUCUAACUUGAGAAAAAGUGGGAUUUCAUUGGUUGGUGUCUCUUUAGCUUUUGGUUGUUUUGUGAUCAUUCUUUUCUCCUAUGUGCAGAUCUUCAGGGCUGUGCUGAGGAUCCCCUCUGAGCAGGGAUGGCACAAAGCCUUUUCCAUCUGCCUCCCUCACCUGGUCGUGGUCUCCCUGUUCCUCAGCACUGGCAUAUUUUCCUACCUGAAGCCCCCCUCUAUCUCUUCCCCAUCCCUGGAUCUGGCAGUGUCAGUUCUGUACUCGGUGGUGCCUCCAGCCCUGAACCCCUUCAUCUACAGCCUGAGGAACCAGGAGCUCAAGAAGGCCCUGAGAAAAUUGAUUGGACUGUAUUUUCAGAAGCAUUUCAGAACCAUUUUCUGCUGCAGAGCCUUCAGAAUGUAA